AAUUUACCAUAUCCACAGAUGGAAAGCAAAUUAAAGGCAGAAGAAUCAAAUUCUACUAUAAUGAGGGGGUUUGUGCUCGUGGGGUUUUCUGAUAUACCCACACUCCGAUGGAUUCUCUUUGGGAUAUUUUUAGUCAUGUAUCUGAUUAUUUUGAUGGGCAACGGCAUCAUAAUACUAAUAACAAGGAUUGACCCUACACUCCAGAACCCCAUGUAUUUUUUUCUCGGCAAUUUUUCUUUCUUGGAAAUCUGUUAUGUAACCACCACUGUCCCUAGAAUGCUGGGGGACAUUUGGACCAAGAAGAGAAAUAUUUCUUUUCUGGCCUGCGCUACACAAAUGUGCUUUGUUCUCAUCUUUGGAAGCACAGAGUGUUUGCUCCUGGCAGUGAUGGCCUACGACCGCUACGUGGCCAUCUGUAACCCUCUGCACUAUCCUUUGGUCAUGAACCACAGGGUCUGUAUGCAGUUGUUGGCUGGCUCCUGGAUCAGCGGACUUCCGUUUGAAAUUGGGCAAACGUGUCAGAUUUUCUCCCUGCCUUUCUGUGGGUCUCACACAAUUCAUCAUUUCUUCUGCGACAUUCCUCCAAUCCUCAAGCUUGCGUGUGGGGACACAUACGUGAAUGAGUUGCUAGUGUAUAUAGUUGCUGUGAUGUUUUUCAUGGUGCCAUUUCUGCUGAUUGUUACCUCCUACGGAAAAAUUAUCUUCAAUAUUCUGAAAUUGACAUCAGCCAAGGGGAGGGCCAAAGCCUUCUCCACCUGUUCUUCUCACCUGACAGUUAUAGUCUUAUUCUUUGGCACAGCUGCUAUCACUUAUUUCCAGCCUAAACCAGACCAAUCUGAAGGACUGGGGAAGCUGCUUUCUCUGUUUUACACCGUUCUGACGCCCAUGAUGAAUCCUCUUAUAUACACUCUGAGGAACAAAGACGUCAUGGUGGCACUGGAGAAAUUGCUCCCAAAGUUAUUAACACAAAAGAACGACUUGAAAUUAUAG